AUGGAUGGAUUAGUGACACGUGAAUUAGAAGACGACCAGUUGUUAUCUAAUGCAAAGACAUCAGGAGUCAAAUGUGAUAUUAUAAUAAAUGAAUGCAAGGUGUUCCUAGAAGCUGAAGAUGGAGGUGGUGAUGUACAAUUUAAUACAACUGCCACUAUGAUUCAAGAUAAUCAAGACAAUAAUAAUAUCCGGUACUUUUCUAACACUUGGUAUACUUUGAAUAGACAGAUAGAUAGAUAUUUUCACUGA